AUCUCCUCGUCUCCUUCCUUACCUCUCCCCCCUUGUCCUUGUGUUCUUGAAUUUCUCACCGGAACACGGCCGGCGCGGCGAAGCUCACCGGAAGGCUGCACCGGCUGCGCAUCGGCUUCUGGCUUGCAGAGGCUGUGCUCUGAGUUUGGGUUCUGAAUUCAGGAUUGGGAGUCUGAAUUCGAGGUGAGUUCAGGCCUUCAGCUUCGUGAUCGCGCUUGUGAGGAGAGGAGAAGCAGUGCGGCAGACUCUGAUGGUCACCGCCCGACCAGGCGCGAGGUAGUGUUUAGCGAAGAGCCCACGAUGUCGAAAACGGAGGCUUCGCCGGCUGCGGCUGAUGAUGCGCAGCCGGCGCCGGAGACGACGACGAUGCCGGCGAGCUCUCAGCCUGCGCCGGCUGCUCCUACGGCCGCGUCAGCGGCGCCGGCGGCUGUUGCUGGGAGAGGAGAGGGGAAGAGGAAGAGGGGGAGGCCGCGGAAAUACGGGCCGGACGGGAGCCUGCUGCGGCCGCUGAAUGCGACGCCGAUCUCGGCGUCGGUGCCGGACGACGCCGGCGGGGCGCAGUACACGCCGGCUGCUGCCGUCGGGGCCGUCAUGAAGCGGGGCAGGGGGCGCCCGGUGGGGUUCGUCAGCCGCGCGACGCCGAUAUCCGUGGCAGUGACGGCCGCCGCGCCCACGGCGGCGGUGGUCGUGUCAGCGCCGGCGCCGCAGACACUGUUCGGGCCACUCGGUGAAUUGGUAGCUUGUGCUUCUGGUGCGAAUUUUACACCUCAUAUCAUUAAUGUUGCUGCUGGUGAGGAUGUCAAUAUGAAGGUCAUAUCUUUCUCCCAACAAGGUCCAAGGGCAAUUUGCAUUCUAUCUGCCAAUGGUGUGAUUGCAAAUGUUACACUGCGUCAACAGGACUCCUUAGGCGGUACAGUAACUUAUGAGGGCCGGUUUGAGCUGCUCUCCCUGUCUGGAUCUUUCACUCCGACCGAUAGCGGCGGCACCAGAAACCGCUCCGGCGGGAUGAGCGUCUCUUUGGCGGCCGCCGACGGCCGCGUCAUCGGCGGCGGAGUAGCCGGUCUCCUUGUGGCUGCUAGCCCUGUCCAGGUCGUGGUAGGAAGCUUCCUCCCGAGCUACCAGCUGGACCAGAACGCCAGCAAGAAGCCGGUCAUCGAGAUCACGGCAGCGCCGCCGCAGCAGCCGCCGCCGGUGACCGUCGGGUUCACGAUCUCCAGCGGGGACAUGGAGGACUCGUACAGCGGCAGCCAGCACCCGCGGUCGGGGGCGGCGAAAGGGAGCUCGACGACGGCGGUGUUCAAGGUGGAGAACUGGACGGCGCCUGCGCAGCAGCAGCAGCAGCAGGCUUCGCCGGAACAGGCGAGGAAGACGCCGCCGCCGCCCCCGGCGUCGGAGGCCAAAGUCCCCGUGCCCGGUGGGUGAGGCUUACGGAUCCUGCUCGCCGAUCGAUCGGCUUGGCUGCUCAACAAAAUCUCCAUCACUUUGCAGGCCGGCUGAAUAGCUUUGCGUGCCUUCAGGGCUAGCUCGCCCUCUGAUGGCAAUCAGGCCCUGAAUUAAGUUUAUAGGGAACAUAAUUCAGUGAUGCAGCAAACCUUAGUGAUGAUGUUUAAGUACAAAAGUGGAUUGGUUUACUUGCACAUUGUCAGGCGGGAACACUAGCUCUUAGUAGUCUUAAUUAGGUGUUGGCAUUUUCCAUUUUUAUUUACAUGACGCUUCAAUAUAUAUAUAUGCAUCGUUCCAUUGGUGUACCUACUAUUUUA